CUGAAAAGAUUUUCCUCUCAUUCAUCUGGCAGGUAACCUCUGAAUAAGUCUUGUGAAGAACACAUAGUGAGAGCUUUGCCCAAGGAAUGUUGUAAGUCUAAAGUGACUUGAAGAUACACAGCAAUGACAACAACAAGAAAUAGGCAGUAGAAAAAUAUUUCAAGCUACAUAUCUCUGCAAUUAAGGGGAGAAAGGAAGAUUGUGCUGUAAAAAGAGAGACUUGGGAAAGUGAGCAGAAGUCUACAGAAGUACAAAGACAGUGCUGUUCAGGAGGUUGUAUCUGUGAACCCCUGGCAUAAUAUUUGAAUUAUAAAUGUCAAAGAAUGGCAAGUCCUCUACCUCCCUAUCCCAAAUCACACACAGGGGAGAAGUUACAUCAGUGUAUGAAAUGUUUUAAAAUUUUUGGUAGUAAAAGCUCUCUUAGUGUACAUGAACGGACCCACACAGGGGAGAAGCCAUAUCAAUGCGUGGAAUGUGGAAAGAAGUUCAGUCAGAGUGGACAUCUGCAUUCCCAUCGAAAGAUCCACACAGAAGAGAAGCCACAUAAAUGCAUGGAAUGUGGAAAGACCUUCAGUCUCAGUGGACAUCUACAUACCCAUCAAAGGACCCACACAGGGGAGAAGCCAUAUCAAUGCAUGGAAUGUGGAGAAAGCUUCUGUCGGAGUGACAAUUUACGUAGACAUCAAAAAACCCACAAAGGGGAGAAGCCACAUACAUGCCUGGAAUGUGGAAAGAGCUUCAAAGUCAGUGGAGAUCUACGUUCCCAUCAAAGGACCCACACAGGGGAGAAGCCAUAUCAAUGCAUGGAAUGUGGAAAGAAGUUCAGUCAGAGUGGGCAUGUGUAUUCCCAUCAAAGGAUCCACACAGGGGAGAAGCCAUAUAAAUGCAUGGAAUGUGGAGAAAGCUUUUGUCGGAGUGAUUAUCUACGUAGACAUCAAAGAAUUCACACAGGCGAGAAGCCACAUAAAUGCAUGGAAUGUGGAAAGAGCUUCAGUCACAGUAGAAAUCUGCGCACUCAUCAAAGGAUCCACACAGGGGAGAAGCCAUAUACAUGCAUGGAAUGUGGAGAAAGCUUCAUUCGGAGUGACAGUCUACGUACCCAUCAAAGGACCCACACAGGGGAGAAGCCACAUAAAUGCAUGGAAUGUGGAAAGGGCUUCAAUCUCAGUGGACAUCUACGUGACCAUCAGAGGACCCACACAGGGGAGAAGCCAUAUCAAUGCAUGGAAUGUGGAAAGAACUUCAGUCAGAAUUCACAUCUGCGUUCCCAUCAAAGGGUCCACACAGGGGAGAAGCCACAUAAAUGCAUGGAAUGUGGAGAAAGCUUCAGUCGGAGUGACAGUCUACGUAGACAUCAAAGUACCCACAUAAGGGAGAAGCCACAUAAAUGCAUGGAAAGUGGAAUGAGCUUCAGUCUCAUUGGAUAUCUACAUUGCCAUCAAAGUACCCACAUAGAAGAGAAGCCACAUAUAUGCAUGGAAUAUGGAGAAAGCUUCAUUCGGAGUGACAGUCUAUGUUCCCAUCAAAGGGCCCACACAGGGGAGAUGCCAUAUCGAUGCAUGUGGAAGGAACUUCACUCAUAGUAGCAAUCUGUGUUCCCAUCAAAGGAUCCGCACAGGGGAGAAGCCACAUAAAUGCAUGGAAUGUGGAAAAAACUUCAGAGACAGUUCAGCAUGCAUUAGGUGUCAAAGGCUUCAUGUGUGGCUAGAGGAAGAGGCCUGCCUUUCAAUUUCCUAGCUGUCCUUAAAAGAACAUUGGAAAGAAAGAGGAAGGCCGCCACCUUGCUCUCACUCAGUGGGGCACAUUUCUAAGUAUAGCAGCAAACUUUGAAGAGAUUCACCUAAUCUCGUCUAAAGGGAAAUCCAUCACAGGCUUCUAGGAUGAUCUGUGAAGGUUUGCUUGAAAUGAGAAGCAGCUGAGAUCUCUAGAUAAAUGGGGUUCUGAAAAAGAAUAACCCUUUGGUAGCAGGUAACAUCAUAUUUUCAUGCUCUUGUCUUGGGCCUUGGCUCUACUGCACCUCGGUUAGAAUUUGGGCUCUAGCCUUGUACCUGUAACCCUUUUUGUAUCCUGAAAUGUUGGCUCUCAAUUCUGCACUGGUUUCAUUUAUGGACUUGGAUUUUGUCUGUAUCCCUGACUUUCUGGUUUGACUUUGGAAUCAUAGAAUCAUAGAGUUGGAAGAGACCUCACGGGCCAUCCAGUCCAACCCCCUGCUAAGAAGCAGGAUAAUCACAUUCAAAGCACCCUUGACAGAUGGCCAUUUAGCUUCAGCGUAAAAGCCUCCAAAGAAGGAGCCUCCACCACAGUCUGGGGCAGAGAGAGAGUUCCACUGCCGAACAGCCCUCACAGUGAGGAAGUUCUUCCUAAUGUUCAGGUGGAAUCUCCUUUCCUGAAGUUUGAAGCCGUUGUUCCGCGUCCUAGUCUCCAGGGCAGCAGAAAACAAGCUUGCUCCCUCCUCCCUAUGACUUCUCCUCACAUAUUGAUUAAUUCAGUUUGUACUCUAUGAAUUCUUGGUUAUUUUAUCAACCCUAUUGAAUGAGCUUGUGGCAUGUGACUAUUUUAACCUUGGUGGUUGUUUAUUUUUGCUCCUGACCUGGAUCUGUAGUACUCGACUUGUCUGCAUUAAAUGAACUCUUGACCUUGACUUGUGUUCAUUGUUACUCCACCUGUGUUGCUGCAAUUGUAUUAUUUUAGCCGGACUCAGUACUUUAGUUUUCUCAUAAGUAAAUAUGGUCAAGGUCCGUUGAGAUACAUAGCAUAUCUCCCUAACUUCAGAGAAUGGAAGAGAAAGAUUGAUGACAAUGGCUGAUGAAGAUUCAUGAAUCCGUUGAGAUGGACAAAUUAACUAAACUGAUGAAGUAUAGUGUAUAGAACACCGUUUAAAGAUAACAGAGUAAAUAUGGAUAAAAAUGUAAUGAGUUGAUGUGAUACAGCUGCUUAGAAAAGCCAAAGUGAUUCUAGGCUGUACCAACGGGAGCACGAUGUCUAGUUCCUGGUAAGUUUUAGUCGACUCUCUUCUAUACUUUGAUCAGACCUCCCCUGGAAUAACCCUGUGUCCAAUUCUGAGCAGCACAAUUCAAGAAAGAUUUGGAGAUGCUAGAAUAUCUCCAGAGAAGAGCUCUAGGGAAUGACUCUGAGGGAGCGGGGGGUGUUUAACUCGGAAGGAAAAAAAGGCCGAGGGGACAGGAGAGCCAAUAUUUGGAAGGAUGUCCCAUUGAGGAGAAAAGGGCCAGUUUUUUUCUGCUGCUCUCAAAUCUAAGAUACAAAGCAGUGGAUUCACAUUGCAGGAAAGAAGCUUCCACUGACAUAUUAGGAAGAAUUGACUGACUGAAAGAAUUAUUCAACCAUGGAGCCCUUGUCUUCUGUCUCCUGGAAACUCCUUGUCCCAGAAUCUCUGAUCUUGGGCCAAAGCAGCUGAGGCUUCUGGGUGUUGAAGUCCAAGAAAUCCUGGAGGAAUGGAGUUUGGGAAUUCCUGCUCCAGAGUGGAGAGAAGGCCUCUCUUGGACUACAACCUCCAUCAUCCCUGCAGAAAGGCAUGGCAUAAAGGUUGGAGAACCCUGGGAGUUGUAGUCCAAAAGAGAUAUGCCUCGCAAGAUCUUUAAAGUAAAGGCUUUCUUCCUCAUUGGAUCGCAUGUGUUUGUGUUGACUGUGAUUGUUCAUUUUAUUUAUUGUCUAUUUUAACUGAAUUGUUUUGUUUUAACGAUGUGCCUAUCUUGUUGUUUUAAGUUAUUGUAUGUUGUUUUGUACUUACAUAGGAAACCACCCUGAGUCCCUUUGGGGAGAUACAGCGGUAUAUAAAUAAAGUUUUAUUAUUAUUAUUAUUAUUCAUCCAUGUAGAUGAGGAAAUUAAAAAGAAUUAAGGAGAAUGUGCAUUGAUUAUCUGCCACCGCUUUAAGGUUUACUUGUCAUUUCUGGUGGCAGUGGUUGAUCAGGUAUAUAUUAAUCCAAAGUUCAAAAUGAAAUAAAGAUUCCUGCGUUAUUA